GUGUGUUCUGCCAAAGUUUCUCUGCAGCUUCUCCUCUUCUCAGAAAUUAGGGUUCCGUCUCAAAUUACGAGCAGAUCUCGUACUCUCUGAAGAUGUCUGAAGAUCCGGAGUACCGUUGCUUCAUUGGUGGGCUUGCUUGGACAACGUCUGAUCGUGGUCUCAGAGAUGCCUUUGAGAAGUAUGGUCACCUCGUUGAGGCCAAGGUGGUUCUUGACAAGUUUUCUGGUCGCUCCCGUGGUUUUGGAUUCAUCACUUUCGAUGAGAAAAAAGCUAUGGAUGAAGCUAUUGCAGCAAUGAAUGGAAUGGAUUUGGAUGGGCGAACUAUCACUGUUGAUAAAGCUCAGCCUCAUCAGGGUGGUGCAGGCAGAGAUAAUGAUGGUGACCGUGGUCGAGACCGUGGAUAUGAUCGUGAUCGCAGUCGUCCCUCUGGUGGGCGAGGUGGUGGAGAUUGCUUUAAAUGUGGCAAGCCUGGACAUUUUGCAAGAGAGUGUCCUUCUGAAAGUAGUAGAGAUGGUGGUGGAAGGUUCAGCUCAAAGGAUGAUAGGUACAGUUCGAAGGACGAUAGGUAUGGUGCAAAAGAUGAUAGGUAUGGUGCAAAGGAGGAUAGGUAUGGUGCAAAGGAUGAUAGGUACAGCUCCAAGGAUGAUAGGUACAGCUCCAAGGAUGAUAGGUAUGGUAGUAGGGAUGGUGGAGGUAGUCGCUAUGGACCUGAUCGCAGUGGUGAACGCGCUGGAGGACGCAGCCGGGAUGGUGGCAGCCGUGGAGCUCCAGGAGGUGAGAGGCACAGUCGUGCUCCAUAUGACCGCCCCAGAGCUGGUGGUUUCCACUAGAAUUCUACUCCAAAGGUUAAAGAAGUUGAAGGUUUCUGCUUUCAGCUCGUGUCAAGUCAAAGUUACGCUUGAUGGUCUAUUUUCUUCAAUGUAUUUGGAUAGCUCGAGAAAGAAGAUGUGUUCUCUAUUUUGGCCCUAAACUCAAGAGUCGACUAUGUUCCUAAAGUGCUCUCUCUCCUUUUGAUAUGUUGAUCCCUAUGGAAACCUUGUGCUUGGUUGGUUUGAGACAAUUUGAGAUGUGCUACUUUAUGCUUAUCGUAAUGAAUGCGUGGGUUAUCCCCCAACACCAAAUAUGCAAAAGCCUCAGGAUGGUCUGAUACUCGGGUUUAGCCGUGAAAAUUAAAGACUGAUCUAUAAAACUUGUGAUGGGAUUGGGAAAUAUACAUUGCUGAUUGAUACUUGGCUACUGGAACUCAAACAUCCCUUCAUGAGCAACAAAUUGUCAUUUUCAGGAAAAAGAUUGACUUUGUGCAAUUUUAGAUCUUGGCAAGUCAAAUCCAAUAGUUUUCUUCAACUAGGGAAAUUUCUACAGCCAAAUGGUCUCUGGUUGGCUCGUCUAGUAUAGCUCACUGGGUUUAUCUUCGAUCUAUUCUUUGUGGGUUCUUCGUGCCUCUUCGUCUACUUUGUUUCUUGCUCGUGACCUCUACCUCUGCCUUUGAUUCUCAAGCUCUAAACUCCAGGAAUUGGGAAAUGGUGUUAAUGUAUAUAUAGUUAAUAUACGCUUGAAUAGGUAUCCUUACUUUGAUAAUUUGUUGAAAUUGCAUACAUAAAUAGGUCACACGAGUUAUGUCGGGAAAACACUGACUUGAUUAUUUUAUACAAGUGAAUAGUAUAUGUAUGGUUAGAACUUAGAUGCAUGACUAGUUCGUUCACCUUCUUUCACAAUUUUGUAUUGCAUACAUACAUACAUUGCUUAGGUGAAUAUAUAAUCAAUUUACCAUAAAUAAAUGACUUUGUAAGUCUCAUAAUUUAAGACUUUGUUUCUAACAUAAAGAAAGACUUUGUAGAACAUAUGAGUUGGUGUAUAGCUUAAACGUUGACUCAAUUAUUUGAUAGAAAUCGAAUAGCAUAGCUAUUCGACGCCACUAUUCGGUUACUCGUACCUCGACCACACCAAAUUAAGAACACUUACCGGAAGAAGAUAAAAGGAGAAAAUGGAAACUAAUCUCUUGUUGGUAAAGUGUGUCUUAUUAGCAUCAUGUCUCAUACAUCCCCGUGCUUGCUCUCCUUCUUGCAAUUUCCCGGCGAUAUUCAACUUCGGCGACUCUAACUCCGACACAGGUGGCCUUUCUGCCUCUUUCGGACAAGCCCCUUACCCAAAUGGCCAAACCUUCUUCCACUCCCCUUCCGGUCGUUUCUCAGAUGGUCGACUCAUCAUUGACUUCAUAGGUGGAGUGUUUAAGAAAUUGCUUCCCAAGAAAGAGUAUUUCUCUCAAGCAUUGUACACAUUCGACAUCGGUCAGAACGAUCUCACCGCUGGACUAAAACUUAACAUGACUUCAGAUCAAAUCAAGGCUUAUAUACCAGAUGUUCAUGAUCAGCUCUCUAACGUCAUUCGUAAGGUGUAUAGUAAAGGAGGAAGAAGAUUUUGGAUACACAACACAGCUCCACUUGGUUGUUUACCUUAUGUUUUAGACCGGUUCCCAGUACCGGCUUCUCAAAUCGACAAUCACGGUUGUGCAAUUCCGCGUAAUGAGAUUGCUCGAUACUAUAACUCUGAACUUAAAAGAAGAGUGAUUGAGUUGAGAAAAGAGCUCUCUGAAGCUGCGUUUACUUAUGUUGAUAUCUACUCUAUCAAGCUUACUCUCAUCACUCAAGCCAAGAAACUCGGUUUUAGGUAUCCUUUGGUGGCUUGUUGUGGACAUGGUGGGAAGUACAAUUUCAACAAGCUUAUUAAAUGUGGAGCUAAAGUUAUGAUCAAAGGGAAAGAGAUUGUGCUUGCUAAGUCUUGUAACGAUGUGUCGUUUAGAGUUAGCUGGGACGGUAUACAUUUCACUGAAACGACAAACAGUUGGAUCUUUCAGCAAAUAAACGACGGGGCGUUUUCGGAUCCUCCUCUUCCUGUGAAGUCUGCCUGCACCAGAUAGAAGAACUUAGGGAAUCAUAUGACCAAAGUGUCCUUGAAAAUGGGGACAAAUAAAAGUUCUUUGGAAUAUUUGUUUUUUGUCAAGUUCUAAGAAAAUUCUCAUGAAAGUGAAAUCGU